UGCAUGCAACAGACGCUCCACUGACAUUUUCCUCUGACUGUAGCUGCCCGUGGAACUGUGCUUUGGCUAACUUUAAUGAAUGGUUUCACUAAUACAUGUGCCCUGAAAAAGCAUACGUCUCCAUGCGUUUACGAUGCACACGGCAGUAGCUUUGUGAGAGCAUAUGGGCUGAAGAUGCAGGCCUCACCCAGAGCUUUAAGGGAGCAGCUCCAAAAAUUUUAAGAUUGUGAGCUGUCGUGAAGGAGACGUCUGACCAGUGGUGGAGGCCCGAGCAGUUUUUUUCCCCCAGCCAUGUCUGUCCGGGAGUCCUUCAACCCCGAGAGCUACGAACUGGACAAGAACUUCAGGCUGACCCGCUUCACGGAGCUAAAGGGUACGGGCUGCAAGGUGCCGCAGGACGUCCUGCAGAAGCUGCUGGAGUCUCUGCAGGAGAACCACUUCCAGGAGGAUGAGCAGUUCCUGGGGGCAGUCAUGCCCAGACUGGGCAUUGGAAUGGAUACAUGUGUCAUUCCAUUGAGACACGGAGGUCUCUCGUUAGUUCAGACCACAGACUACAUUUAUCCCAUUGUGGAUGACCCCUAUAUGAUGGGCCGAAUUGCAUGUGCCAACGUACUAAGUGACCUUUAUGCCAUGGGGGUCACGGAAUGUGACAAUAUGCUGAUGCUCCUGGGAAUCAGUAAUAAAAUGUCAGAUAAGGAGAGGGACAAAGUGAUGCCUUUAAUAAUUCAGGGAUUCAAGGACGCCUCAGAAGAGGCUGGGACGUCGGUGACGGGAGGCCAGACGGUACUCAACCCCUGGAUCGUGCUGGGGGGCGUGGCCACCACGGUGUGUCAGCCCAACGAGUUCAUCAUGCCUGACAAUGCAGUACCAGGAGAUGUGCUGGUAUUAACGAAGCCCCUCGGGACCCAAGUAGCAGUCGCCGUCCACCAGUGGUUAGAUAUUCCAGAGAAAUGGAAUAAGAUCAAGCUGGUGGUGACGCAAGAGGACGUGGAGCUGGCGUAUCAGGAAGCCAUGAUGAACAUGGCGAGACUGAACAGAACGGCGGCCGGGCUGAUGCACACCUUCAACGCCCACGCGGCGACAGACAUCACGGGGUUCGGGAUCCUGGGCCAUGCCCAGAACCUGGCCCGGCAGCAGAGGAGCGAGGUGUCCUUCGUCAUCCACAACCUACCCGUGCUGGCCAAGAUGGCCGCCGUCAGCAAGGCCUGCGGGAACAUGUUCGGCCUCAUGCAUGGCACCUGUCCGGAGACCUCAGGGGGCCUACUGAUCUGCCUGCCCCGGGAGCAGGCGGCCCGCUUCUGCGCCGAGAUCAAGUCCCCCAAGUACGGCGAGGGCCACCAGGCCUGGAUCAUCGGCAUCGUGGAGAAGGGCAACCGCACGGCCCGGAUCAUCGACAAGCCGCGGAUCAUCGAGGUGGCGCCGCAGGUCGCCACGCAGAACGUCAACCCCACCCCGGGGGCCACCUCUUAGUCCCGGGAUGAGGGAGGAGCGCCCCCUUUUCAGACCGAUAUUCUAGCGCCAUCCUAGAGUAUGUACAAAACUACCAUGGUAAUGUGUACCCCCCCCCA